CAUUCGUUACCGAUGUCUGGAAAUAAAAUAGGCCAGUCCAAUAUGGCUUCAGUCUAAACCUUUCUUCUGCUUGGAUUUGGUGUGUUAAGUCAUUUAGUAGCUAAAUUGUCAUCAAAAUGUCUGCUAAAUCAACCCGUGCUACAAGACUGAAAGCAAGGAAUCUUAGGAAACGCCCCACAACUCGUUCAUUACAACGUAGACGACGUUUUCCCGAUACUGAAAUUGCAGAAGAAGGUGAAGAACUUGAUCUUGGACUGGAUGAAGGAGAUAAUACCAGCAAAUACUGUUUGAGGCGUAGACGAACCGUUAGUGCAGAUGAUGCCAUGCGACAAAGACUUGGGUCUCCUUUGGCAGCAGCAAGUCCUGUGCGUAAACGACGGAAAAUGCCACAGGUUAAUCCUGCUCUACAGCCAAUAGGACGAAUAGGUGCCAAGUAUCUCCAAGAAGAUUUACCAGAUGAGGUGUUAUUGAAGAUCUUCUAUAACUUGCAAGAAUUCGAUUUAUGCAGAGCAGCACAAGUAUGCCGAAGGUUUAACAUCAUUGCCAACGACUUGGAACUUUGGAAAACUUUGUACCAGGAUAUAUUUGAAUAUGAUUUGCCGCUUCUUCACCCAGAACCUAGGGACUUCAGGUUUGUUCAGCCAGAUGAAUGUGAUGUAGCAAACCCAUGGAAGGAAAGCUUCAAGCAGUUGUGUCGUGGUUACCAUGUACGACCUGGCUUUUCACAUCUGUACCAGUCCAGAGGAAAAAAACUUAAAGGAAGAAACUUGAUGUGCUUUGAAAGCAUCGAGCAAGCAUACAACUUUGUUGACACAGAGGAUGUGGAAAAUCCUUUGAUAUUUGUACACAGUGGAACCUACCAAGGAGAGUUCCUUCUCAUAGACACCAACGUAUCUAUCAUCGGAGCUGCACCAGGGAAUGUCAUGGACCAGGUUAUAAUUGAACGUGAGAGUGAGUCAACUAUUAUGUUUGUGGAAGGAGCAAGGACAGCAUAUUUUGGCUAUGUUACAUUGAAGUUUUCGCCUGACAUUACCUCAUCUGUGCCACAUCAUCGACACUAUGCUUUAGAAAUUACAGAAAACUGCUCACCUACUAUUGAUCAUUGUCGCAUUAGAAGUACAUCUGUUGUGGGGGCAGCCGUGUGCGUAUCAGGGGCUGGUUCUGACCCUGUGAUUAAGCACUGCCUCAUUAAGGACUGUGAAAAUGUUGGACUGUAUGUCACAGAUUAUGCACAGGGUGUUUAUGAACACAAUGAAAUCAGUGGUAAUGCUCUUGCUGGCAUCUGGGUGAAAAAUCAUGCAGAUCCUAUCAUGCGGCACAAUCACAUACAUCAUGGUCGAGACGUUGGUGUCUUCACUUUUGACAAUGGACUGGGCUACUUUGAUUCCUGUGACAUUCACAACAACCGAAUAGCUGGCUUUGAGGUGAAAGCUGGUGCAAAUCCAACAGUUGUCAACUGUGAAAUUCACCAUGGACAGACAGGUGGAAUAUAUGUUCACGAGAAUGGAAGGGGACAAUUUAUUGAUAACAAGAUUCAUUCAAACAAUUUUGCUGGUGUCUGGAUUACAUCGAACAGUGACCCUACCAUAAGGAAAAAUGAAAUUUACAAUGGCCAGCAAGGAGGGGUUUAUAUCUUUGGAGAUGGUCGGGGACUGAUAGAGCAAAAUAAUAUUUAUGGAAAUGCACUGGCUGGCAUACAGAUUCGCACCAACAGUAAUCCAAUUGUGAGGCAUAACAAGAUUCACCAUGGACAGCAUGGUGGAAUCUAUGUGCAUGAGAAAGGUAAAGGACUUAUUGAGGAGAAUGAAGUAUACAGCAACACCUUGGCAGGAGUCUGGAUUACCACUGGGAGCACACCUGUGUUGAGGCGCAAUCGAAUUCACAGUGGGAAACAGGUUGGGGUGUACUUCUAUGAUAAUGGCCAUGGAGUCCUUGAAGAUAAUGAUAUAUUUAAUCAUCUUUACUCUGGGGUACAAAUCAGAACUGGCAGCAAUCCUCUGAUCAGGAAAAACAAAAUUUGGGGAGGCCAGAAUGGUGGUAUUUUGGUGUACAACAGUGGUCUUGGUCUUAUUGAAUAUAAUGAGAUCUUUGACAAUGCCAUGGCAGGCAUCUGGAUCAAAACAGACAGCAACCCUGUUCUGCGACACAACAAGAUCCAUGAUGGCCGUGAUGGUGGUAUCUGCAUUUUUAAUGGUGGCAAAGGAGUGUUGGAAGAAAAUGAAAUUUUCCGUAAUGCCCAAGCUGGUGUUUUAAUAAGCACACAGAGUCACCCAAUUCUGCGCAGAAACCGCAUUUAUGAUGGUCAAGCAGCAGGUGUUGAAAUCACAAACAACGCCACUGCUAGUUUGGAAUUUAACAAAAUCUUUAACAACAAGUUUGGAGGGCUGUGCCUUGCAAGUGGAGUUAAUCCCAUACUGAAAGAUAAUAUCAUCACAGGUAAUCACAACAUGGUAGACAGAGCUGUGGCUGCAGGCCAGUGUCUGUAUAAAAUUUCCAGCUACACAAGUUUUCCCAUGCACGAUUUUUACAGAUGCAGGACAUGUCACACCACUGAGCGAAAUGCCAUUUGUGUCAACUGCAUCAAAACGUGUCAUGCUGGUCAUGAUGUUGAGUUCAUUCGCCAUGAUCGCUUCUUUUGUGACUGUGGUGCUGGCACUUUAAGCAAUCAGUGCCGCCUACAAGGAGAACCAACUCAAGACACAGAUACACUGUAUGACUCUGCUGCACCUAUCGAAUCUCACACACUGCGCGUCAACUGACCAAUAAUAAUUUUUCAGACUGAUCAGACCAUCAUUGCCAGCUCAUUUCCUCUUUAAUUAAGGUCCUUGUCAGAGCUCCAUGGUGCAGGACAUGAUUGACUUUGCAUUUUGAGCUAUCUGUGCUCAUUUUGCAUCCAUCUGGAGAAGUGUAAAAUUGCAAGUGAAACGUGUGAUUAAUAAUUUCAGGCUGUGUGAUCGGAAAGUUUGGCAUUAACACAGAUAAAAUAUUUUCUGCUGACAGUUGUUUCCACAGACGCAAUCACUUCUGUUGUCUUCUGACACCUGCUGCUGUGAUGAAAGCAGUACUUUAGCAGGAGAAGAGUAACACAAAGUGGAAUCAUUUUUAGAAAGGCAGAAAGAAACAUUCAACUUGCUGAAAAUCAGUGCCAGUUUGGGAACUUGAGGUGUGUGCAGAGAAUUGACUUCGAAGGUUCAUUUGUAUAGAACAUAAACAUAUUCUUGUUAAGAGAUGAUACUGAACUUAAGCUUUAAGCUUUGAGUGUGUAUGCAUGUUUGCUCGCGUGCAUAUGUAUAUGUGUGUGUAUGCACAUGGGCUUGUAUAUGUGUGCGUGUGUGCAUAGUUACGCAUGCAUUAAAGUAAGAAAAAAAAGAUUACAAUGGGAAUAAUGGUGCUGGUGAUGGUGUUUCACACGAAAUAGACUGCGUAGUACAAGUCAGCCUAAAGGAGUGCAUUUAUGUAUCAGAAUAGUGAUUUUAAGUAGGCUUUUUUUAUGUCCUCAAAGUGUUUGAGCUUUAUCUUUUAUAUACCAGUCAAGAGGAUAAUUUAGAUAGGUAAUCCUGAACUAUAAAAACAAAAUUUAACAUUAAAUUUACACCCCUCAGGUUGCAUUCAUCAUCACACUGACAUUCUUCAUGCUGGUAUUUCAGGUGCUGUAAACAUCAUGCAUUAUGUCAUAUGCAGGGCACAUCAUUUAUUUCCUGCAUAACCGUGUGAAUGCGUUAACACAACCUGUCAAAAUGCUUAGGGAACAAGCUGCUUAUUUUAAUUGUUUUACACAAAAAGUUUAAGAUUUCCAUUACUAUGCAUAAGAAAUCUUAGUAGGUAAUAUUCUUUAGCUUGAGAGCUUAGAGUGGAGAAAUAGUAAUUGCAUAAAAGUAAAAAUUGCACAUUCAAUUAACAUUAUAAUAAGGCUGUGCAAAUGUGCUUGCUUUUCUGCCUGCCUAGCAGGUCCAUAUUAAAACUACAUUUGGAUUCUGUCACAUCUAUUGAUGAUUGUUUUACAAGUACGGAAUGGCAACUGUUGGGUAAAGAAAGCAAAACCACACUUAUCCCAGAAGAAUGGCUUGGUAAUUGUUUUUUCAAAACAGUGAAUGAUGUUCUAAAAUACACCUUUUUGUAGACCACCUUAUUGGAAUUUUUGUAAUGUAUGGCUUUUGCACAGAUUGUUGUGCUUAAGCAUCUUGUCUUUGAUGUGUUAAAAAAUAAGUGGAGGUAUAUCUGUAAAUAACGUAGUCUCUCUGACAAGGAAUUUUUGAAGAGCAGUUACAUAAUAGAAGUAACAAGAUCACAUGAUGGCCUCAACAGAAUGUCUACAUUAUGAAGGAUUAGAAAUCCAUUAAAACAACCACUGUGAAUUAUUACUAGGUAAAUUUUGAUAACUUUUUUAAAAACGCUAAGUUAUAGGCAGCAGAAACUAAUCUUGUUGCUAGGAGUUAUUUAAACGCACUAUGAGAUCUUAAUGAAUGUUUGUAGAAGUUACCUUCAUGGUUGGUCAACAUGUUAGGUUGAGUGCAGGUACAGAUAAAUUAUAUAAGAAAGUUUGAUCCUUUGAUUCUUUUGAAAUCAUACAGCGGACCAUUUUAGUGUUGCUUCCUUUUAAGUCACCUCAUGUUAGCAUGUAAGCACAACCUUAGUUUAAAAGAAGAGAUAGUUUUGAAUUAAAUAAACACUUAAAUUGAAAUUGCACUUAAGUUUUAUAUAGUUUUCCAUUUGAGAUUUCAGGGAUGUUCAAGAGAGGAAAUCAUAAAAUUGUGUCACGCUUCAAAUAACGAUUAUUGGUUAUUUGAUGUUUUCAGUGUAUUUAAUGAAAAUUGUCAUUAUUUACUGAGCUACAUACAUAAACAUUUUCAUUAUUCUUACAACCAUACACAUUUUAUUCACUAUAUGCAAAGGAUUUGGCAACCAACCUCAACAUAAAUGUGCAUUUCUUUACCUUCUUCUUUCUUUUGUAUAAAGAAAAAAGCAUUCUUUUGAAUGUAUAGAUCUGUACCCAGAAAGAUAAUGCAGAUUACUUUCUUUUUUAAUCCUUUAACAUAGAAGACAUUUUUUGAACAAUAAAUUAUUAAAAUUUGAUAAUUUUGUUUUCAGGAAUUAUUGACUUUCUAUUGCUUUUUCCGCCAUUUCUGCUGGUACAGAGUUUUAUCUUUUCUGCAUCAUACUUUGUUUUGGAAGCAAUCGGACGAAAUAUUACACAAAGAACAGUAGUAUGUUUUGUUGUAAUUAAGCAGCUGAUUUUAAAUUUAUAUGGUGUUACUUUCUUAUUGUUAUCAAGAUAAACAGGUCUCUCAGCUUGCAGUCAGGGAGUUAGAUCACCCAAAAUCGUUGUUGUGCAAAUUAUAAUAUUUUUCUUUUUUUUAAAGUUUGAAUGAAUGGUUUUGAUGAGUUUUUUGAAUGUGGUCUCAUGUUUGGUUGUGAAAAGUUGAUAUGCAGAAGUUAUCAUUAUGUGAUGGUAUAUUUAAUUUCUUUGCUUGGUUUGACAGUACCUCUCUCCUUCUACAAACUUGUCCUGGAUAACCUGCUGGGAUGGGAGAACAAAUUUGUUCUUUUACCUUUAUUCGAACAAAUUUUCUCUGUGAAGGAUGAAACUGAUAAAAUAAUUUGAAUACUCUCCAGAUUCCAUGGUUAGUGACUGUAUCAUGUCAUACAGGGUCAUUACAGAAGAGUAUUUGAAGAAUCCCACAUGCUGCAAUUUUAAGACAAGUGUAGCAGUUUAAGGAAGUUUGUGUAGUAGCCAGAACUUAUUUACAUUUUUUCUAUGCUAUACUUAGUCGCUCAGUAAAAUCCUACAUUUUUGUAUGUAUAUCUAAUAAUUGUUUUUUUUUUUACAGAAAAAUUUACUGACAGAAAACCUUUCACAGAAUGGGGUAUUUUACUUUCACAUUGUCCUUCCAUGGAUUUAUCGUUGCAGAUUAAUUUAUGGUAAGGAUUCCUUGUGCAGAAUCAUAAGACUGAACAUAGAUCUCCUUACCUUAAGCAGUGUGAGAGAAACAUUAAUAGGAUAGACUUAAGAAAUGUUUUGUUUUUGGUUAAAAAUACAGGUAACAUUUCAAGUGUGAUGCAGCUUUAUCAGACUGAAAAAAAAUUAAGUGCUCUGUAAACCAUUGUGUGCAUGCCAUUUAAUUAACUUGAGAUGUAGAACAGUUUUACUUAUUUUUUUCUAAGUAUAUAAAAUUAGACACAUUUUACAGUGCACGUUGUAAUAGAAAACCUCAGUAAAGACAUACCAAAUGUUUAGAUUUGGUAAUAUGCAAAAUUCAUUUAUUUAUUUAUUUUUUAUAUAUUUUAUGAGUGUGGUUUAACUGCAGCUUAAGUAGAACAUCAGUGCACUAAUCAGACUGUUCUGCGGAUCAGUCUUGAUUGCUUCCUUCAGUACUGUGCCCACCCCUACUCACCAUCAUUUUUCUUUUUGAUGUUGCUUUUAUUUUUUAACUUGGGAAUGUUAAGAUUUAGUGAACUGAACAUGAUGUGUAACCAGUUUUCUGCCUUAUCCUAUAGCCUCAACCACUCCUGUGGGCAUCAUGUGUUUUCAGGAGAUCGUGGUUCAAAAUCUACCUCUUACUGUCUUUGCAGUUUUGUCAGCUCUUAAUGUGCAGGUUUGGUGCUGGAAAAACUAUGGCAUAUAUAUAUAUGCCUUGUUUAAAAUCCAGUUAAUCUAUUUCUCUCUUAUCAAAAACCCAUUCACUCCCACUACUCCUAACAAGUCACACACAUCUGAAAUUAUUUCUAAUAAAACUGUCUACAGAUACAAGCAAGUAGAAUUGGUGAAACACUUUGUAACAGACAUGUAAUCUUAACUAUUCAAAAGAUUUGUUGCUGUUUUUCCCCCACCUCACAUUUUUAAGCAUGUGGAAGGCAAGGGUUCUCCAGGAAGGAUUGAUUCUGGAAUACCAUUUGAGAUUGGCAGUCAGUUGAUAUGAACAUUUUCUGUGAUAUUGUGCAAAUAAAGAAUGUUAGUUUUACAGUAAGUUUCAAAUAAUCCUUCAGUUACAUUUUUCUUCUUUCACUUUUUUGUGCAAUUUAUCACAGUUUAUUUGCAAAACCUUUUCAAUUUAUUUUGUUUAGUAACUUUAACCGUCUGCUAUACUUCUUGCUUGAUGAUUCAGUGGAAUUUUUUUAAUUAAGAUGGGAGUGAGUUUUUCUUUUUUGAAGAAGCUACAUGAGCUAUGUAUUCAGAUUAUGACUUCUUACCUUCAAUUCAAGUUUAGAUGUUGACCUUCAAUUCUGUCAGUGGAUGACAAAUGACUUUGUACUUAAAAGAAAGGAAAGUACACUUAACACGUUUCUUGAUGACAGCACUUUUAAAAUACAUGUUAUUUUCUUUUGGAUUAUUUUUGUGUGCAUCUGAGGUUUAUAUUAUUGGUAAACUUUGACAACUUUGUAUUUUUAUUUUAAGGUGGGAAACUGUCAUCAUUCUUGUCAUCCCUAUUUUAUAAAUGCAACACAUAAUUUCAGUUUUCAGCUUAAAGUCUUUUCUUUCACACCUUUUAAGGAACAAAAUAUGGUCUUCUAACCCUGAUUAAAUGUUAGACAAUAUUAGAGAACCCUGCAGACUGCAAUUACUGCUUUUGCAUAUGUGUGCAUGGAUGUGAUAUGUUUAGGCUCAAAGUAAUUUGAGGGCACCCUGCCACCAGAAUUGUAAAUCUCAGCAACAUAAUCUGUGUUGAUGCAAUCUUUGGCAUUGCUCUGUCAAGAAUUCAAGAGACAACAUUUAUCUCAUUUAUCUUGGCUUAGUAGGUUUUGGGGUUCUGAAUACAACCUAAAAGGCAUUUACUAAGGUCCAUCAUCUGCAACUUACUCCCAGACCUCAUUCUCUUCCAUUUGAAAAACAAUCUUUUCACUGUGUAACUGUGCACAAUAUUUAUUGCCUGUAUACACACUCUGUAUUUCCUCCAGGUAGCUAUCAGCUCAAAUCACUGACAGCAAACUUCUGUAAAUGAAAGAUUUUUUUAGAAGUGUGCCACAUAGUUAUUUUACAUUUUAAAAAGUAAAUAUUAGUUUUACAUAAAGCUCACACGAAAAAAAUAUAUAUAGAAGAAUGCAGUUUUUGACAACUUAACAAUGGCCUUGUUGCAGAGGCAGUAUUAUUAAAUGGCUACAACACACAUGCAGAGAUUUACUUCAGCGCAUAAUUUUACUUGCAUGGUACAUGGUGAAUGUGUGUGUGAAAGAGAAAACGUGGGUGCCUGUAUGUGCCUGUGCUGAUCCUCUUUGAGGAAGAGUGUGCCUUUGGUUCUCGUCUUGAUGCAUUUGUUUUCAAGAGUAGCGUAAACACUGGAGUAUGCCUGUAAAUUUCCUGGCCAGUCCUGAGUUUUUGUGCUGUAAACAGCAUCCUGCUAUCAUGUCAGAGGUUUCACUGUUGCAGGUUAUUUUUACCGCAGGUAUAAACCCCUCCUACAUCUUAGUUUAGGUUGCACAAAGCCAGAAGGUUGACCACAAACAUCACAAUAAUAUUAACUGUAUUUAUUAGUGCAUUUUGUUCCAUGUAUUCAUAUGGUAUGAUUUUUUCAAGUAACAGGAUGGUAAAUAUUGCCCUGAUGUGUUUGUAGUUGAUUAAUAUUCUUUAACCUCAUCUGUAUAUGAUAUAUAAUGAUAUCCAUGUGUUCGUUGCCUGGCAAGACUGUCAGCACAUUUGUAUUUUAUCUCUUCCCAUAUGUUUUAUCUCUGUUACAGUGGUUCAACGUUUUUGUAUACGCAUGGUCUGCCUACCUAUAGAAGUGUGUGAAUGACAUAUGAACAAGUGUGUAUGUCUGGUUUCAGUGUUAUGUGGUCAUGUAGAUACUGUUUGGUGAGGGAUUUUUCUAAAUCACUUCGUCCAAGCAUGAAUUUACUAUUUCAUGCAGAGUUGUUGUACUCAAAAGGUGAUGUAUGGCUUGUGUUAUAUUGUUAUUUUUGUUCAUACUAAUCUUGAUGUGAUCUUUCAAGUGUGCAUGGUUGGUCUAUAUAUUCAUGUGUAGUAGGUCCUGCUGCUCCGUGGGUGAUCAGCAUGAAAAAGUGUUCUUGUUUGGGAGGAAUGUAUGCAUGUAAUGUUUAAUAAAAGAAUGUAAAGAAAAGGUUA